AUGAAACACUUGUUUUUCUUUUUCCAAAAGAAAUAUUAUCCUGUAGCUACACAAUUUGUAGAUCGCCAGCUAUACUCCUUUAAUCAAUCACACACAGAAAGACAAUGGUUCUGGUCCAGUGACUUUUGGUAUUUACGUGCCACUGUCAUGUUUGACACAAAGCAAUCAAAAUUAAAAAUGUAUUUUGAAACUCUAAUAGCAAUACUAGUAGUAACACUGAUUUUGAUUGACCUACUAACCCCUAUUGUAAAGCUCUGCAACUCUUCCACCCCCUUUAUAUAUCAGAAAACAACAUCCAGUUUUACUUCAUCUGGUCUGUGCGAUCAGGCUUCAUCAACAGGUAUUAAUCUAGAUUUUUCAAACCUUUCCCAAGCUAGCAUAAGCUCCCUAAUCACUCGCCCAAAAGACAACACCUACUACAUGUUCUCGAGAAAAUUGAGAUAUGGACGGAAAUAA